AUCCUCCUUGUUUUAUCUUUCCUGAUAUUGCCUUUCACAUAGAAGAGACUCAACGAAGAAAAUGGAUUUGGCGUCAGCUCAGAUUCUCUCCUCUCCGCCGCUAAUCGAUAACCAUCUCCACACGCGCCACCACCUCCGCCGCCGUCUGCUCCCUCUAGCACUCUCAACACCUCCCGCCACCACGCUUCACAUCCCUAUUCGCCCCCAUUUUUCCAGAGCAUUACCCACCAGAGCAUCAAAAAGGCCAAUUCCACGACUCCUAGCAUCAGCAUCAUCCUCGUCGUCGCAAAUGAUAGAAAAGGAAACCCCCGAGGCGGAAAGGCCCCACACAUUCCUCCGAGAAGCAGACGAGAGUGUUACCGGUUCAGCCGAUUCUGUUAGGGCAAGGUUCGAGAAAAUGAUUAGGGAGGCGCAGGAUAGCGUCUGCUCUGCUAUCGAGGCCGUGGAUUGCGGUGCUAAGUUCAAAGAGGAUGUGUGGUCGCGCCCUGGCGGCGGCGGCGGAAUCAGCAGAGUUUUGCAGGAUGGAGCUGUUUGGGAGAAGGCCGGUGUGAAUGUUUCUGUUGUUUAUGGAGUUAUGCCGCCGGAGGCUUACAGAGCUGCUAAGCCCACGGACGAUGGCAAUGUCAAGCCAGGGCCUGUACCUUUCUUCGCUGCUGGAGUCAGCUCAGUUCUUCAUCCAAAAAAUCCUUUUGCUCCAACUCUGCAUUUUAAUUACCGUUACUUUGAAACUGAUGCUCCAAAAGAUGCUCCAGGAGCACCUAGACAAUGGUGGUUUGGUGGGGGCACAGAUUUGACUCCUGCCUACAUUUUUGAGGAGGAUGUCAGGCACUUCCAUUCGGCCCAAAAAACUGCUUGUGACAAGUUCGAUAGUGAAUUCUAUCCUCGAUUUAAGAAAUGGUGCGAUGAUUAUUUCUAUAUCAAGCAUCGUGGGGAGAGACGCGGUCUUGGGGGUAUAUUUUUCGAUGAUUUGAAUGCAUAUGAUCAAGAGAUGCUUCUUUCUUUUGCUACUGAGUGCGCAAAUGCUGUUAUUCCAGCAUAUAUACCAAUCAUAGAGAGGAGGAAGGACACGCCAUUUACAGACAAGCACAAGGCAUGGCAGCAGCUGCGGCGAGGACGCUACGUAGAGUUCAACUUGGUUUAUGAUCGGGGAACUACAUUUGGUCUCAAGACCGGUGGUAGGAUUGAGAGUAUUCUUGUCUCACUUCCAUUAACUGCUCGAUGGGAAUAUGAUCAUCAACCAGAAGAAGGUAGCGAGGAGUGGAAACUUUUGGAUGCAUGUAUCAACCCCAAGGAGUGGAUCUGAGUUUUCAUGUUGAUGCCCUGUUUUGUUGGCCCUUUUUUAGUGUUCUUUUUUUUUUGUAAUUUCAUAAGUUCCAGAGUAUUUUGUGCUGAGGCACCAAUGUUGAACUCAUUGUCAUUUUGGCUCUUUGGUAAUUGUUCAAUGCAAGUUAUUACGCUACA